ACGAAUGAUGAUGUGGGAAUUCGAAGCAUACUUGAAUGGCGAUCACAAGAAAGAUGGGACACCGACAAACUCCACUUGCGAACUCGGUGAUGAUGGCAUGAAGCCAUCUUGCUUUCAGAAUUUCACAUCUCUCGUGAAUUCCGGAAAGUCAAACACGUUCCUGAAAGAUCAUCCAGGAAAGAGACUCAAGCUUGAGCAACUUUGCGGAGAGCUCCACUAUAAGAACUCGAGGAAUGUGAUGGAACAGUUCCGUGACUGUGUCCUCAGUGUCAGCCCGCCUCUGAAGUCGUCGAAGAUGACGGAACUGUUCGAGAUUAUCCUGAGGGAAACGCUGGAAGGACAGAGGGACGCAGAAGCAGCGUGGCGCGCCGACCCUCGCAACAUGAACAAGCUGAGCACAGAGUACAUCGGGAGCAGAAUUUCACGUGCGGUGGACACUGUGAGCUCGCUUUUCAAUCAAACGUCAAGUAAGGUUAUGCCCGUUGUCGAUUUUCUUCUCGGUACCGAUGACGAUGAGGACUCCGGAACGGAUGACGGUAGUCAAACGCAGCCACCCAUCAACGGAUCCGACAGCGAAAUGGCGCCAAGUUACGACCGCGUAAUCACGCAAGGCGUGCGUGAACUUGAACGGCGCAGAGCUGGUGAAAGGCAACCCCGUUGCAUCUUACGAGUCAAUGACGAAACACAGAUCAAGGGUGAUCAUGAAAUACCAUGUGAUGGAACGUCUGGUAUGGCCCAGUUGCCACAUCCUGGAACCCCUCCUGUUGGAAGCGAUUAUGUCCUCAAUGACAGCGGAUUUGCCCGGGGAGUUGAUAGAAACAUCAACAACUGCGCAUAUACUAUGGAUACUGAGAUCGAAAUGCAAACUUUCUGCAACCACGCGUCAACCCAUGACGAUAAAAUGAUUCUUAUCGAGAAAGAGAUGAAAGUUAAACGUAAACCUGGCAAAAUAAUGAAAAGAAUUGCCGAAGGCUCAGUGUGUAGCGAUGAUGUAUAUCUCGAUGUACAGCUCUAGUUUUCAUGACGAUAUGCUGGAGUUCCCUCGAACAUGAUUAAAUUAUUUGGUCCAGAAUUACUCGACUAAAAUAUUCUCAGCUCUUUACUCAACUAAGAGGUAUACGAUUGGGGGGGGGGGGUUAUACAUCGAGAAGAGCCUGCAUCCCCAUCUUCUAACAAGAAAUGACAGAAGGUAUUGAGCAAACGAGUAUUGUGUUAAUCGUAAUACUUUUUCAAAGGCAACCGUUUUAGUACAAUUUGCAAAGAAUUUCAGAAGCUUGGCAAUUUAUCCAAACUUAAUAAAUUGAAUAUAUGAUAUGAUCCACUGUAAUUCUUUGAGUAACAGCAACCACAUUAAACCCUUAAGCUCAAAACUUUAAUCCCAUGGUCAAUAAUGCUUUUUAGCUCUGCAUAAAAAACAGGUUUCUGAUUAUCUUUAAUCCAUGAAGAACAGGACCCUGUAUCACCCAAUAAACAAAAACGAUAGAUUCAAACUCAAAUUGCGAUUUAUUUUCAAUUGGUCUAAUGACAAUUCGUCCAAUUACCAACUCGUCAACUAUCAUUUGGUCUACCAUCAGUUCCUUCACUAUCUACAUGGUCUAAUUGCCAUUUCGUCCUCUCACCAUUUCGUCUAAUAACCAGUUGGUCCAAUAGCUAUACAAUUUGGUCUAAUCGGACUAAGUGCCAAUUAAUUUGGCGAAAUGAAUGAAAAGGAAAUGGAUAGGCCUAUACCAACUGGUUACGAUACGAAAUGGUCAUCAUGGAUGAUACGAAGUGAUUAUUGGACCAAAUUGUUAGUGGACCAAAUGGUACUUAGACGAAAUUUUUAUUGGCGGAAUUGCAUUAACUAUGAAGGUAGACUAGCUGUAAAUGUACAAUUUUAUGAGAAGGGUCAGUGUGUCAUUUUAACUGUAAGUUCAGUAUGCCUAUUUCUUUAAUAAUUAUGCAGAGUUUAUCAAGUGUUAGUCGGAUCGAUUUAUUAGGCCGGUACCAUGGAACGGCUGAAGGGGGGGGGGGCGCUAUCGGCCCCUACUUUUCCUCAGAAAACAUGUUCAAAACUUGAAAAAAAAGCAAAUGAAUUGUGAUUUAGUGCAUGUUAACCCCCCCCCCCCCCACACACACACACACACACUUUAAACAUCAUUUCGCACCUUCUGGAUUGGAAAUUGUAGGCCUGCGAAAGUCGGGGACUUCAUUAUGUUAACAUGGUUAAUAGGACAUCGAAUAUUUUUGAUCUGCUCGAUGUAUAUGUUCUAAAUAACAUCUUUAUUACCCAUAUACGCUAAUAUAUGUGGGUUUGGUCAAUAAAAUUACAAGAUGCCCAUGUAUAUAGGUAUUCACCACCUAUUCUACAGUCAUGACAGUGAAGAUCAGCGGCGUAACAAGGGUCGGUGGCCAGGGGGGGCAAGAGCAAAAAAUUUCCCGGUCAUAUCAUGGCAUGAACAGGCUUAAUAGUCCAGGAAAAAUAACUGAUUUGGGGGGUCAACCGCAAACAAAUUGCAAUAGAAUUUUUUUUACCAUAAUGCAUUUCCCUAAAGUCCCCAAAAUGACAUACUAAAAGUCCAGAAAAAUCCCAGUAGUGGAAAGACGUCUAAUUUGCAUAAAUCCAAAAUGGCCGCCAAAUUUUCAGAAAAUGUGAAUUUUCGUACAUAGAUUUUGACAUGAACAUUUAAUUGCCACAAAAUUAGUGUCAUAUGAAAGAGAAAUACAUUUUCUAUAAUUUGGUACUAUUUAUAGGGGAUAAAUAGAUUAUUUGGCUGAGAUAUUAAGUAGAAAACUGCAUUUUUGUCAUUUUUUCCCAAAAAAUGAAAAUUUUGGAAAUACAUGAUUUUACAUAAAUCUAAGAAAAAUGGAACAAUUACCUUGAAAUGUUCCAGAAAACUUUAUUGAUAUACUAUUAUCAUGUGGAUGCAAUUCAAACUUGGUCUCAUUCUUUUUAACAAAUUCAUAAGGUAUCAAAGUUGACUACUCAACUUUAAAAAAUGUCGCGUUUUGUAUGCAUUUCCGUAGACUAACAUGUAUAAUGUAUGUAGUGUAUACAGUACUUAAAAAUUGUAUGCAUUUAUCUACGCUUUUUAACCACUUGGAAAGGUAAGAUUAGGCUUUUCUCUAUCAGUUACAUAAAAAGGGCUGGCACAUCGACGCUUACCCCUCUCAGGGGGCUGUCAAAGUCACGCCUUCUGGCUAUAUCAUGUUGUACAGUGUGUAUCAAAAUAAACGUAACCACAUUUCAUU